AUUGGCGCCAUGUGUCUGCACUGUAAUGGCUGGCUAGAAAAGGUCAUCGCGUGUAUUUGAAAGAAAUUCGAUUCAAGAAUUCCGUGUCUUCGCAUAGUGAAAAGAUGGUGCAAACUAAUGCGACGCCUCAAGACGCGAGCGGCUUCGACCUCUACCCCGAGAGGAGAGAGAACUCCAAGACAAACCUACAGAAAGCCCUCGGGUUCAUGUGGAGCAAUCCGAGGGUUGAGAAAAUCAGAUGCGAGGUAGCCGUACAGAAGUGCAUGGACACUUCACCUCUGGUGAAGACGAUGAUGUAUGCCUUGAGGGCGGCGGGCUGCGAUAUUGAUCCUAAGCGACAUAUCUCAUGUGAACCGUGUCACCCGGACGUGACAGGUGGAUUCGACGCUGAAAUGAAUCAGAUAAUCAUUUGCCAGAAUGGGUCUCAUUCCCGGGGAGUUAUACAGUCGAACCUCGCACAUGAAAUGAUUCACAUGUUCGACUUCUGUCGAGCAAAAUUCGACUUCAAAAAUGCGGAGCACGUUGCUUGUUCGGAAGUGCGGGCCGCGAACAUCCUGCAUUGCUCGUUCAUGACAGCGAUGCUCCAGGGAGAGACCUCACCAUUCGACUUUGGAGCAACGCACAAGAAUUGCGUCAGAACGAAGGCAGUCAAGUCUGUGAUGGCAUCAUCGAGCCUGACGAAAGAACAAGCCGAAGAAGCUGUCGAUAAAGUGUUUCCUUUCUGCUACAACGAUCUCGAGCCCAUCGGCCGACGUAUCCGUAGGAAGUCAGAGGACAUGGAGAGGUCCUACAGAGAGCGAUACAGCUUCGCGUUAUCCUAAGUCCUACAAUGUAUUCGAGUAUAGUGAAUAAAUUCGAUGUAUUUUCA